AUGGAACUUAUUGAAACGGACAUUCGCAAGACAACUCAAGACCCAGAAGAGCAGAGUCUCUUCCUCAUCAACGCAUGGCCCACUCUGGAUGCAACGGAUUCAUCACAAGACGACUUUGACAAACUCUCGGGCAUCCACUGCAUGGUGGUCCUGGUCCGGAUGAUCAACAGCAUGCUUCCCGCCGAGGACAGAGAACAACGAUCUACGUCACGGCGCAACGACGUCAACCCCUUCAUGACGCGGACAUGGCGCAAUGCGCCGCAAAACCUCAAGAGCGACCCCUUUGAGGACGCUGACCGCAUCAGUGUCUUCCGAUGCGACGGCUCGCCGUACCCGCCGCCAGUCUCCGACGAGUACGCCAGACUUGACUGGAAAGUCGGCGCGCCAGGUCACACCUACUUUCUGCUGUAUUGUAGGAGUGAUUGGACCACAGACAUUGCCGACAAUGAAGUGUCCAGCCCUGAUCCCGGAUCGCAGUUGUUGCGGGAAAACACUUUACAAGUGUUCGGAGCGAGAUUGCAGCCAACACCGCAAGCCGUCCCCCGAACCGGGGCGGUCCCAACGCGCCUCUCAGCCGUCCCCCGAACUGGGGCGGUCCCGGUGCGCCUCCUGGCCCUACGUGGUCUCAACAGCAGCAACAACAACAGCAGCGGCGGCCUCCGCCUCCUUAUCAGAAUCGAGACCCAGGCUCGUAUGGCCCCCAGCAGCAACGACAGCAAGAGCCAUCGUACAAUUACGGAGGAGAGUACGAAGACUACUACGACGACUAUGACGACUAUGACGACUAUGACGAUGGCCCUCGUGGACGCCCGCAGCAGCAGCAACGCCCUGGCCCUACGUGGCAGCAGCAACACGCAAGAGCCGUCGUAUGAGUACGGAAGAGACUACGACGACUACUAUGACAGUGGUCCUCGCGGACAGCCGCAGCAGCAGCAACAUCGUGGCCCAACGUGGCCCCAGCAACAACCGCCCCGGGGGGGUCAAGGUUACUACGGCUAUAACAACUGA